AAGUCAUCUGCUACAAAAAAAUAACAAAAAAAACCCCAUUCCACUGUUAGCCAAUCUGCGACGCAGCUCAAGGACUGUCAAGGGAGGCCAUAACAGCAGCUGGCAAAAAUAUUGACAGUUUAUCAAGCAACGAAACUCGGGAUUUGCUGUUUUUGUGACCAUAGCUGAGUAACACCGGUUAGGAUUGGAAGGUGCAGCCGAGCUAGGGUGUAGUGAAGUCGGGGAGAGGAGGAGGAGGGGAGGGUCCGGACAGGAGAAAAACAAAGAUGUCUGUGUAGUUCAACUAGGCAAAUCCUAGCGACCUGUCUGAACAUCUCUCUGAUUUUUUUCUCCAAAACUGACACGUCCCGGAGGUCCAGUGGAUAGCGAGCUGGCAACAGGAGGGGGGGGGAGAGAAAAAAAAAACCGUUUACCGACCAGCCGAACCGGGCCGUUAUGAACGGCCGCUCAUGCGCUGUCACGGCAAAUAACUGCGACUUGACAACACAAAAACAUCUCUGACGGGUUGUUUUGUUCUAGCUAGACGAGGGCGAGGACCGGAGUGUUUUUGUGAGCUUGUUAGCUAUAGCAUGUAGCUAGCUGAAUAUAUUCGUUAAAACCGCCAGUCAACAGCGCUACAUUUCUAUACGAAAACGACCAUCAAAAAAAAAAAAAAAACUAUUUUGGAAAAUUACUAAAACGUCCGUUUGUUAAAUUCAACGCGUAUUGCGCAACAUUACUUACUAACUAGCUAGCUAACUAGCUAACUCACUAGCUAACGUCCAUUCCAGCUGUCCUGGCUUUCCCUUGCCGAGCCUGGGGUCGCUAAAUCUGCCAGCUAGCUAACCGGUCGCUAGAUUACGCCUGACAAACACCACCAUGUCCUCGAUGGAAGAGCGUGGUGAGGUGGGCGUCGCGGCGGCUCCAGGCUCCUCGGGCGGCCUGGGGGUUGGUGCGGUGGGGGCAGCUCUGGAGACAGUGGUCGGUGGGCCGUCAAUGCAAGAGGAGGUGGGCUUCCGAAGAGGAGAGGGACUCGGGCCCGAUUCGGACCCGGACGAGCCGCCGCCCAAGAAGCGGAUGAGAUUGCCGGAGGGAGAGUCGGGAAAGCUGGAAGAGAGGCUGUAUUCAGUCCUGUGCUGCACGGUGUGUUUAGAUCUGCCCAAAGCCUCCGUUUAUCAGUGCACUAACGGUCACCUGAUGUGUGCUGGUUGUUUCAUCCACCUGCUGGCUGACUCUCGUCUGAAAGAGGAGCAGGCCACGUGUCCUAACUGCAGGUGUGAGAUCACCAAGUCUCUGUGUUGUAGGAACCUGGCUGUAGAGAAGGCUGUGAGUGAGCUGCCCACAGACUGUCCCUUCUGUCUCAAACAGUUCCCUCGCUCCAGCCUAGAGAGGCACCAGAAAGAGGAGUGUCAAGACAGGGUGACGCAGUGUAAGUAUAAGCGGAUUGGCUGCCCAUGGAAGGGACCGUUCCACGAGCUACCGGCCCACGAGGAGGAGUGCUGCCAUCCCACCAAGACUGGCACAGAGCUGAUGGGCAUCCUGGGGGAGAUGGACCAGAGCCACAGCAGAGAACUAACCCUUUACAACUCUAUAUUCUCCCUGCUCUGUUACGAGAAGAUAGGCUUCACAGGUAGGCUAGAGGUCCAGUUCAGGCCGUACCGGACAGAUGACUUCAUCACCCGUCUGUACUAUGAGAGUCCUCGUUUCACCGUGUUGAACCAGACCUGGGUACUGAAGGCCAGGGUCAACGACUCUGAACGCAACCCUAACCUCUCCUGCAAACGCACCCUCUCCUUCCAGCUCAUCCUCAAGAGCAAGGUGAACUCGGCUAUAGAGUGUUCCUUCCUGCUGUUGAAAGGUCCGUACGACGACGUGAGGAUCAAGCCUGUGAUCCACCAUCACGCGUUCAGCAACGACACCAACGAGACAGACUACGUUCCCCUGCCCAUCACCGACUCUGUGGAGUGUAACAAACUACUGGCCGCCAAGAACAUCAACCUUCGACUCUUCAUCUUCCAGAUCCAGAAAUAGACAGAUGAGGAGGAGGAGGAGGGAGAGGACCGAGAGAGACGUGUAGAGGA